GCUGCUAUGGAAAGAUGCGAUCAGAAAGCUGACGAAUGGAAGCUGUUGCUGAGUGGUCAUUUCGGUAAUAGUGGCUAAAACAAACAUAGCGCGAUAUCAACCCUCUAUAUACGGUCUCCUUUCGUUGGGGGUAACCAACUGCGUAUGCACCGAACAAAUACGUUUAAAGAAAUGUUCAUGCUGUAGCAAUACAACGCAGACUUUCCUCGGCGUUUUCAGCUCGAGAGCUCUAGCAUGUCUAAGCGGCGCUCUUUGGAGAGGGGGGCCGGGGAGACUUCAGGCAGGGCCAACAAGCUCCUCUGUCCUGGAAUCGCUGGAAGCAACGCGAAGAGGGCAGGUCCCUUCAUCCUGGGGCCUCGUUUGGGGAACUCGCCCGUGCCAAGCAUAGUGCAGUGUCUGGCCAGGAAGGAUGGGACGGAUGACUUCUACCAGCUAAAAAUCCUGACCCUGGAGGAGCGGGCAGACGCGGCCGCAGAGACCCAGGAGGAGAGGCAGGGGAAGAUGCUGCUGCACACAGAGUACUCCCUUCUCUCGCUGCUCCAUAACCAGGACGGAGUGGUGCACCACCAUGGCCUGUUCCAGGACCGGGCGUACGAGAUUGUGGAGGACCCGGAGGCCAACAAUGGCAAGGUACGCCGGAUGAAGAAGCGGAUCUGCCUGGUGCUGGACUGCCUCUGUGCGCACGACUUCAGCGACAAGACUGCGGACCUCAUCAACCUGCAGCACUACGUCAUCAAGGAGAAGCGGCUGAGCGAGCGCGAGGCCAUCGUCAUCUUCUACGACGUGGUGCGCGUGGUGGAGGCCCUGCACAAGAAAAACAUUGUGCACCGAGACCUGAAGCUUGGAAACAUGGUGCUGAACAAACGGACCCACCGGAUUACCAUCACCAACUUCUGUCUGGGCAAGCACCUGGUGAGUGAGGACGACCUGUUGAAGGACCAGCGAGGAAGUCCAGCAUACAUCAGCCCUGACGUACUGAGUGGCCGGCCGUACCACGGUAAGCCCAGUGACAUGUGGGCCCUUGGCGUGGUGCUGUUCACCAUGCUCUACGGCCAGUUUCCCUUCUACGACAGCAUACCUCAGGAGCUAUUCCGCAAGAUCAAGGCUGCAGAGUACUCCAUCCCAGAGGACGGGCGUGUGUCGGAGAACACCGUGUGUCUUAUACGGAAGCUGCUGGUGCUGGACCCCCAGCAGAGGCUGACCGCCGCCGAGGUCCUGGAGUCUCUCAGCGGCAUUAUUGCCUCAUGGCAGUCAGUAUCCUCUUUGACCGGACCUCUUCAGGUUGUACCGGACAUCGAUGACCAGGUCAGCCACCCAGAGCAUCUCCAGGAGGUGAAAAUGACAGAGGAGUCGUCACAGUACGAGUUUGAGAACUACAUGCGCCAGCAGCUGCUUCUGGCCGAGGAGAAGAACACUAUUCACGAGGCCAAGGCCAGCUUCCUCACCAAGCGCCAGUUCGGCGCCAUCCCGCCCGUGCGGCGCCUGGGCCACGAUGCCACGCCCGUCAGCCCUCUGGACGCCGCCAUCCUGGCCCAGCGCUUUCUCCGGAAGUAGCCCCUUCAUUCAUCGCCUUGACAAGUGGAGUGAGGGACACAAGGGUUGGGUUGGGAAGGUACCCUAAAACUGAGAAUAUCUGUGGGAGCUUAGCCCAAGCACGACCCUCCCUUGAGUAGAGGCCCCUAGCUGUGGUGAGUUAGGUGGUGUGGGAACAGACAUGGGGGGGAGGGGGCACCAGAACUGAUCACUCACCUGACAACCUCUCAUAGUUUUCACACUUCAAGUCUGGGUGUUGGCAGUGUGCACAGGAAUGGCAAGGCUGGAGAAUCUAAAGAUCUGAACCAAAGGCUCCCACUGACCCCCCCCCCCCCC